AGAAAGAGGAACUGGAGAUGGAACAAGCAGUUGUGCAUCACAAGUUGCCUGCGUAUGUGGCCAACAUGGAUCGACUAGGGGACUCUGAGCUGUGAGUGCCUGCAGGCCAGGAACUGGGAACAGGCUCUGCUGCUUUUAUUGGGUCAGCGAGGCUCCUGGAGGGUCAUUUCCUUGUUCCCUGCCCUGGGAAUCAGUGCAAAAAGACAUCCAGGCAGAAAUUCUGGUGACCUAAGUGGGUUUAAUGGAGGAAUUAAUGAUGAGCAUCCCUUCCACCAUUUGGGAGAGAGAUUCUUGUUAACUGGUGAGAGCCCAGGCACACAUGGCAGUAAUUCUGCUCUACUUUCAGCAUCACAUCAAGGUGUUCUGGGCAGCCAGGACACUAGUAGCAGUCAGUACCCUGCAGUAUUGCUCAAAUGAAGUGGAUUGUCUCUUGACUCCUAGUUUCUUUAGUGCCUGUGGAGCAGUAGGUGAGUGCCCUGCGCUGUUUUGUAGACACUGUUACUGUAUGACCUAACAGGGUCAUUGUUACACAGAGAUGCUUUCUUGCUUUUGCAAAGUCAAGGGAAAAGGAGUUUCUUUUCUGUGAGGCUCAGUUAUGCCCAGGAUUCCCCAUAAAUUUGCUGCAGUUAGUGUGUUUUAUGGCUACAUCUAUUGUAUAUCCAUCUGUGGAAAUUAGGUAACAUACACAGUGAUACACCUUGAUUAUCUGUUACUUAAACUCUUAUUUUUCCCCAGUACAGUUGUGCAAAGCAAGUCUGUGUGUUUGGAUUCAUUGUGUUACUGAGAUAUUUUUUUUUUCCUUGCUUUAAAAGGAUCUGAAAGCAAAUGUAGCUUGGCCGCAAGGUACUAAUAGCACUGCUGGGGCUUCAACUUUCUCAUGCGCUUCUUUCACUCCUAUUCAGACAGGAGCGGGGUUGAUCAAAUUCUGCUGACAAUGACAAAUACAAGCUGUAGCAGAAACCACAUGCAAAGUCUUUGUUUUAGUCUAAAAGCUGUCUGAUUAAAUAGACUUGAGUGUCUGGUGGACUGUCUUGAUAACUGGCCUGUACUCUGCACAGGAUAAGCUACAGAGUUUAAUUUGAGAGGUUUUUUUUUUUGGUUUAACUACUCUAUAGUUAGUUGGUUUAACUACUCUAUAUAGUUUCUAUAUAGAAAGCACUGAUGUUCAUCUGCACACAUUGGGGAGAGGGUUGCGAGAGAUUGGAUAACUUAUUCCCAUAUGCAUUUUCGUCCAUUUGUAUUACAAAAACUUGCCAUAGAAGUGGCAUUUCUUGUGUGUGCCACUUGUCUCAGUCUGGGGGCCAGUUCUGGUUGCUUUUUUCAUGUCUCUGCUCAACCCAAAGCCCAACUUUGGUAGAACAGUUCCUUCCUAGAAGAGAGGAUAGACACUGUGAAGGUGAUUGUAUUUUCCUUCCUCUGGGUGCUGCUCUGCUCUCAAAGGAAGCUGUAGCAGAAUGAGGUCAGACAGUUAUGUUCUGGGAAGCAGCUGCUGCUCUUUGUGGUGUGGACUGAGAAGGGAGGUGUAUGUAAUCACAGAAAUGGACCUAAACUUCCUUAUUUUCUUUGGGUCCAGUUUUUGAGAUACUGAGGGCCUGUGCUUUAAAAUUGCUGAACGUGACUUGCUGAAUAUCUAAGGGUGUUCAGUGAAACACUGGAUAUGCAACGCUGCUUGAACUAGGUCUGUUUUAUGCCUUGAAUUGGGAACCGUGGCUGAACAGGUUCUUUUUAAGUCUGUAUUUCCCUGCCUUUCCCUUAGGUCUUUGUAAACUAACCAGAUGUAGUGGAAGGAGUUUGAGGUGGCCCUAUGGGGGAUUCAGGAACAGCUGGGCCCGCUGUCUCAGUGGCAUCUCUGAGAAGUGAGCUUUCGUUACAGUAAUUAUAAUGAUCUGCUCCAGGCACUAACAGGAUGUUUUAAAACAGUUUUCUAAUGCAUAGUGGUCCAUCAGCAUGGAAAGGAACAUCUGUCCUCCAGUGGCUGACAGCUGACACUUUGCUUGUUGGGUGGUCUUUGAUCAGGUUGUCUGGCUACACUUUCAUAUUCUGCUUGGUGUUUGUUUUUGUUUUGUUUGUUUGGUUUUAAUUAGUGAUAUGACCUGCAGCCAGAGGAGUACUGCACAUUCUCUUCAGUCCCGGGGAGGCUUUCUGUCCUCUUUUCUCUCCCAAAGUAAAAAGGGCCCUUCCAGACCAGCUCAUCCAAGUGGGGCUUCUCCAACGCAGACUGGCAGUAUGCUACUGGGAAAGAAAGAACCAGCGAAUCACCAGAGUGCCAAAGGAAAAGAAGGAACAGGGAGCUGUAAGGACGGGAAGAGCCACUUCAGUGGGUUAGUAGCAGGCGAGUCAAGUUCCCUGCAGCAGCGGCAGAGGCGCUUGCAAGAGCACGGGAAGGAAAGGAAGGAACUGCUGUCAAAAGGGACCUUCCAGGGCCAAAGUGCUGAGAAAAAACCAGAUAUUAGCACAGCUGAGACAGAGCCAUGCUCAGAGCUGCAUACUGAGCAAGCAGAGACUUCAACCAGAAUGCCUACCAGCAGUGCAGAGGCUGUGGGGGUCCGGCAGGAGCAGCCUUUCAUUGUCCUGAGCCAGGAGGAGUAUGGGGAGCACCAUUCAUCCAUCAUGUACUGCAGGGUUGAUUGUUCUGGACGGAGGGUGGCCAGCUUGGAUGUGGACGGGGUCAUCAAAGUCUGGUCUUUUAAUCCCAUAAUGCAAACUAAAGCAUCAUCCAUUUCCAAAUCUCCGUUGCUGUCUCUGGAAUGGGCAACCAAGCGUGAUCGGCUGCUAUUGCUUGGCAGUGGGGUCGGGACGGUUCGUCUUUAUGACACAGAAGCAAAGAAGAAUCUCUGUGAAAUCAGCAUUGAUGAAGACAUGCCCAGGAUCCUCUCGCUUGCCUGCAGCCCAAGUGGUGCCUCCUUUGUCUGUUCCGCGGCAGCCCAGAGUCCCAUCUCCCACAUGGACUUCUCAGCAGUCAGUUCUGGGGGCAAAAGCAUGAACCAAGUUCCUGGGAAGCUGCUGCUGUGGGACACUAAAACGAUGAAGCAGCAGCUGCAGUUCUCCCUGGAGCCUGAGCCCAUUGCUAUUAACUGCACAGCCUUCAACCACAAUGGCAACCUGCUGGUCACUGGUGCCGCAGAUGGGAUUGUUCGUCUCUUUGAUAUGCAACAGCAUGAGUGCGCCAUGAGCUGGAAGGCACACGAUGGGGAAGUCUACUCCGUUGAGUUCAGCUAUGAUGAGAACACAGUCUACAGCAUAGGCGAGGAUGGCAAGUUUAUUCAGUGGAAUAUUCACAAAAGUGGCUUGAAGGUGUCCGAGUACGAUCUUCCCAGUGAAGCUACAGGUCCUUUUGUUCUGUCUGGGUAUAGUGGCUACAAGCAAGUCCAAUUCCCACGAGGAAGGCUUUUUGCUUUUGACUCUGAGGGCAACUAUAUGUUGACGUGUUCUUCUACUGGGGGAGUAAUUUUUAAGUUAAAUGGUGAGGAAAAGGUUCUGGAGAGCUGCCUUUCCCUGGGAGGACACCGAGCUCCCGUUGUCACAGUGGAUUGGAGCACGGCCAUGGACUGCGGGACCUGCCUCACUGCCUCUAUGGAUGGGAAGAUUAAAUUAACAACUUUUUUUGUAAACUGGCAAGUGCUGAAAAGGAAAGAGCAACAGACUUGACAAAACCAGUGUUAACUCCAGAGGAACAAACUGCAUGGGAGAGAAGGCAAACCACAGUCCUUCUUCUCAUUGUAGCUUUUGCCUCUUGACAAACAUUAAAUAUAUUUGCCAAACCACUGUGCAAUAGAAUGCCAGUAUGGGACCGGAUCAGUGGCAGCACUGAAAAACAAGUCUCCACUGACCCAAUGUGGCAGCUGGACUCCCUCUGUUAGGGAUCUUGAGCAGCACAUGGCUAGGCGGCUGCUGGGAUCAUGUCAAGGGUUCUGCAAAAGAAGGUGAGGCUGGAGGAGGCAUGCGUGAGGCAGCACAGUGCAUGGUGAUAAGGUGGCUCAAACUGGAAAGGCCAGUGCAAAA